AUGCUUCGAUUCAAGAGACACAUAUCUUCUGGAGUGCGUCUACUGAAUAAGGUUACUUAUUCCAAAACUUUACAGCUUCCUCAAACCCCUUUUGGUCCAAGAUCUCCUCGUGGUGACGACCGCUAUAAGUUAAUCAAUCAAAUCAGUGAUCAAUUAUAUGAUUGGCAGUUAAAUCGUUCAAAUUAUUCAAAAUCUUUCACUUUGCACGAUGGACCUCCUUAUGCUAAUGGAGAUUUGCAUUUGGGUCAUGCUUUGAAUAAAAUCUUAAAAGAUAUCAUUAAUAGAUUUGAAUUAAUUCAUAAUGAUUCAAAAAUUAAUUAUAGACCCGGUUGGGAUUGUCACGGUUUACCAAUUGAAAUGAAAGCUUUACAAUCAAUAAAACCCGAUAAAUUAAAAGAUAUCAAACCAGUCCAAAUAAGAAAAAUUUGUAGAGAGUUAGCUCAACUGAUGAUUGAGUUACAACGGAAACAAUUUAAAGAAUUUGGAAUCAUGACCGAUUUUGACAGUCCCUAUAUUACAAUGAAUCACGAUUACGAAAUUAAUCAAUUGAACGUUUUUUAUAAGCUUUUGGAAAACGGUCUACUCUCAAGACAACUAAAACCAGUUUGGUGGGGGUGCCAAACUCAAACCGCUUUAGCAGAAGCUGAAUUAGAAUACAAUCCAAAUCAUAAAUCAACUGCAAUCUUUGUUAAGUUUUUUUCAAACUCUUCAUCUUUAAAGAGAAAAUUCAAUUUAAAUGAACAAAGUAAAUUGUCUUUACUUAUAUGGACCUCGACGCCCUGGACUAUUCCUGCAAAUCAAGCCAUUUGUGUAAAUGAAAACUUAAACUAUAGUUUGAUCCAUGAUCCAACUCAGAAUGAUUAUAUUGUGGUAGCAAGUGAUUUAGUAAAUGAUAUCUUAAAGAAAAAUGAACUGUUUAUCGAAUUGGAAAAUUCUCCAGUUUUGUCAGGAUCUGAUUUGAUUGGUACUUUUUAUACCAACCCGGCCUCUAAUACCGAUAAUCAAUUUCCUAUACUUCAUGGUGACCACGUUAGUUCUGGUGCUGGUUCUGGUUUGGUUCAUACUGCUCCAGCUCAUGGGGGUGAAGAUUAUUUAAUUGGUCGUAAGCAUGGUUUACCAAUAUUAUCAUCAGUUGACGAAAGGGGCCACUUCAUCGGAAACAAUAUACCCAAUGGAUUCCACCAAUUACACGGAAUUGAAGCAAACUCUAAAACCGGGAUUUGGUCUACAAUCGAUUUAUUAUCUCAACAUGAUAUGAUUUUUAAUAUUAAUAAAAGUUAUAAGCAUUCGUAUCCUUACGAUUGGAGAUCUAAAAAACCAGUUAUCCAAAGAGCAACUCCACAAUGGUUUAUAAAUGUUGGUAAGAUAAAAUCAACUGCCAUUGAUGCUUUGAAGAAAGUUGAGUUUGUUCCAGAAUCAGGUAAAAAUAGAUUACCUUCUUUUAUACAAAAUAGAAACGAAUGGUGUAUUUCAAGACAAAGAACCUGGGGGGUUCCCUUACCUAUAGUAUAUAAUAAAGAAAAUGGUGAACCUAUAGAAGAUUUACAAGUUAUUAAAUAUUUAAUUAAUAAAAUCGAUCAAUUAGGUACUGAUGAAUGGUUCAAAGAAGAAAAUGAUAACAUAGAUAGAUGGUUACCGCUGAGUAUAGAUGGUUCAAAAUAUAUCAAGGGUAAAGAUACCAUGGAUGUUUGGUUCGAUUCGGGUACUUCUUGGACAUCUUUAGAAGAAAGAACAGAUGGCAAACCUUUAGCGGAUAUUUAUCUAGAAGGUAGCGAUCAACACCGUGGAUGGUUUCAAUCAUCCUUAUUGAAUAAAAUCAUAUCUUCCGGUGUAAAUGGAGAGGAUUUCAAACCAAUUGCACCUUUUGCAAAAAUCAUCACUCAUGGAUUUACAUUAGAUGUUCAUAAUGACAAAAUGUCCAAAUCUAAAGGUAAUGUGAUUGCCCCUCAACAAGUCAUUAAUGGUGGAGGUAAACCCGCAUUACCAGCAUUAGGUACUGAUGGGUUAAGAUUGUGGGUGAGUUCAUCAAAUUACACUCAAGAUGUUAAUGUCAGUGGGGAGAUUUUAUUAAGAGUGAUGGAGAACUUGAAAAAACUAAGACUCACAAUGAAGUACUUUUUGGGUAACUUGGCUAAAUUCGACCCAGCUGUAGAUUCUGUUGGUUAUAAUGAUUUAAAUCCUUUAGAUAAAUGGGCACUUUCAAGAUUAUAUUGUUUACAGCAAUCUGUCAUAAAAAAUUAUCAAUCUCAUAAUUUCCAAAGAGUCGUUAAAGACUUGAGUCAUCAUAUGAAUACGGAUUUGAGUUCAACCUAUUUCCAUAUUUCAAAGGAUUGUUUAUAUACUGAUUCGAUUGAUUCGGUACGGAGAAGAGGUAUCCAAACCGUAUUGUAUCAUUCUUUGAAAACCUAUAUUGGAUUACUAGCACCAAUCCAACCAUUGUUGGCCCAAGAAACUUGGUCACAUUUCCAAGAUCUAUUCAAAGUAACUGAAACUUCUCCAUUCAUGAUGAACUGGUCAAAUUUCUAUGAAUUGCCAUUGCAAUUCCAAAAUGAAAAUAUCGAACAUGAUUUCAAUUUAAUUUGGGAAGUCCAAGACCAUGUUUACAAAAAUUUAGAAGAAUUGAAAACAAAUGGUGCUUACAAAAAUAAAUUAGAAACUCAAGUUUCAUUAUCCACAAACGAAGAUUCUUCAAUUUGCAAAUUACUAGAAACUCAUCAACCAUUCUUGGAUGACUAUUUCUUAGUUUCAAAAGUUGAGGUUAAUCCCACCCAAACACAAGGUAAUGAUGCUGCCUUCAACAAAACUUUUUCAAUAAAUCUAGCAAAUGGUGAACAAGUCAAAGGAACCAUAUUACCAUCUCCACAUCACAAGUGCCCUAGAUGUUGGAAAUUCAUUGCUGAACAGCAUGAUCAUUUGUGCGGUAAGUGUCACUCUGUUGUAAAUAAUUGA